AUGAGUUCACUGCAGUUCUGGUCCUACAAGAUUGAUCUACACCAGGAUGCUAUGAAUCGUCCUCUUGCAGAGUUGGAUGAUUCUCUCAAACUUCUUCAUUAUUACAUCACUAGGGUGUAUUUCCCUCCGACAGGUUCCCUGAAUGUCGUCAUCCCUCAUGAUUGCUGGAUUAUGUCGCAUGUUGUCUCCGACAUGUCUCUCAGUUAUCCUCAUCUAUUGUUUGGAGCGAUCAUAGAUGAUGCUGCCAACGAGUCUCCUACGGAUGGACUGCCUUUUGCUGGCUUGGUUACUCAGCUGCUUCAUCGUGUGGGAGUUCCUCUCACUGACUUUGUCUUUGCCCCUACUGACUUUGUCAGUCCCACUCUUGAUGAUGUUCUCGGGGCUGUCGGGCUACCCCCUUCAUUGAUUUAA